AACGCAGCAGCAGCAACAACAGCAGCAGGGAGCAGCAACAAAUGCUAAAGAUGGCGUCACAAUGCGCGAGAAGAAGGGAGGAGCCCUCCAAAAACUCAAGAAGAGGCUAUCGCAUAGCUUUGGCAGAUUAACCAUUUCCCGCGAAGAUGGCGAUGAAUCGACGCACCACCAUCACCAUCAUCAUCACCAUCGAGGAGGACAUGGCGGGCAUCAUAACCACGGUAACAAAGUUCCAUACAACGGCUACAAUUCGGAGGAAUACUUGGACCGUCUCGAACCGAAUGGCAAUAUACCCGCUGACAAGACAAAUUGCAGAUAUGGAGCACAAGAGUCUGCGAUAAAAAAUGAUAAUAACAAACCACAAGACUGGCGCAGCACGGAUAGCACCGACCACCACGAUCGCGUCCAGAGACAACUGUCUGUGUCCUCUGAUAGCAAACUGCUGGACGACGACAUCCGGGAGGAGAUGAAGUACCAUUCGCAUGUGGUCAUGCGUCCCAAGAAGCCGCCCAGACCCAAGUCCGAGGUCUUUCUUAACAAGCAGGAUCCGCAUCCGCGACGCAAACGAUUCAGUGCAUUUGGUGGCGACUCCCCAUUUGGCAAGCAGGAGGCCUAUGUGAAGCUCGAACCGCUGGGCGAAGGCUCCUAUGCGACAGUCUACAAAGGAUUUAGCAAAUUAACCUACCAGCGGGUGGCAUUGAAGGAGAUCCGGCUGCAGGAGGAGGAGGGAGCUCCCUUUACCGCCAUUCGCGAGGCCUCGCUGCUGAAAGAACUGAAACACAGCAACAUUGUCACGCUGCAUGAUAUUGUACAUACGCGUGAGACGCUGACCUUUGUCUUUGAAUAUGUGAAUACGGAUCUGUCGCAAUAUAUGGAAAAGCAUCCCGGCGGCCUGGACCAUCGCAAUGUGCGCCUGUUCCUCUUCCAGCUGCUGCGCGGACUCUCCUACUGCCACAAGCGGCGUGUCCUGCAUCGCGAUGUAAAACCGCAGAAUUUGCUCAUCAGCGACUGCGGUGAACUGAAGUUGGCCGACUUCGGUUUGGCCCGGGCCAAAAGCGUGCCCAGCCACACCUAUUCGCAUGAGGUGGUCACGUUAUGGUACCGUCCACCAG